CUCCCCUCACAGAGCAUCAUGCUUCAGACCUUGCAGUGGCAUGGGCCAGUCGCACAGGAACAGUGGCAUGACUCCUUCGCUUGCCCACCUCUCCAACUCUUGCCCUCGUAUUCUCCUCCUCGCACCAGAUUCCACUCUCCAUCACCUGGCACUUGACUCACGGCAAGGAGGCAACGGAGGAGAAGGAGGACGAGGGGGCAAAAGAACCGGAGGAAAAGCAGGUGGAGAAACAGGAGGAGGAGGAGGAGAAACAAGGCGAGGUGUGCAACAAGGAAGAGAGAAGAAAGGGGAACCCGGAGGAGAGAGCGUCAGGGAAGGAGACUGGGUAGCAUCAGAAGAAUCGUCAGAAGAACCAGAACAAGCAGGCAAUGGGCUGGGUUCUUGCUUCUCGACCCUCCCUUCUCUGUCUCCCCCAGGCGCUCCCUUCUGCCCGUGCCUCCCCAGUCCCUCUCGACAUUCUCUACUGCCAGUUGCUGCUCUGCAGGAACAGCAGCUGUGUGUGAUGAUUCCGGUGGAGCCCCUGCGCUCCAAGAGAGAGUUCAGACCAACCACUGAUGGUAGUAGGAAAAGCAGCGAUAGUAGCAGCAAAGGCAUUAGCAAGAACAGCAGCAGCAGUGGAAGCAAGGACAGUGCUAGCGGCGGCAGCAGCAGGAGCAGGAGAAGUGCUAGCGACAACCAGAAUGGCAAGGCAGCAACAUCAAGAAGUGAAAGAAGCAGGCGGGAAUCAGAGAGCAGUCACAGCAGCAGCAGCAGAAGCAGAAGUGGCACCAGCAGUAGCAGUAGCAGUAGCAGCAGCAGCACCAGCAUUAGUGGCACCAGCAGCAGGAGUAGCAGCAGGAACGGAGGAGGCGGUGGUGGUGAAGGGCAAGUUCCUAAUAGUGAGGUGAAGAAGACUCUAGACAUGUUCCUCUCGGCUGCUGUCAGACUGGUGAUGCAAGGGGAGCAUAACAAGGCUCUUGAAAUCUUUGACAAGGUGUUGGAGCAGAAGGUAUUCACGGACCAUGCACUGACGUACCGUGGGACAGUCUACGCCCUCAUGCACCGCUACCCGGAAGCCAUUGCUGACUUUACCAAGGCUUUGGAGUUCAAUCCGGCCUUCUAUGAGGCGAGGAGGAGGCGUGGACAGACGUACACAGCCAUGGGCAGGAACGAUGAGGCAGUAAAGGAUUUGACAGCAGUGAUCGAGGCUCGCCCCACCGACUGGCCUGCAUAUAUGGAGCGAGGCAUAGCGUACUUCAAUGCGCGGUUCAUCUUCCAGGCCCUCAGCGACCUGCGAACAGUCACCACACACGAGCCUAAAAAUGCCCAGGCUCUCUUCUUCCUGGCGCAGGCGCACAUGCACGGGGGAGAGUGUGCGGCGGCUAUACCGCUGCUGCACCGGGUGAAGCAACUGGAUCCGAACUUGAAGGGGCUGCUGGUGCAGCUGGGGCAGGCGUACAAGGAGGAAUCGCGCCUGGAGGAGGCGGAGGAGACGUACCGACAGGCACUGGAAAAGGAACCACAGAAUCUGUUGGGUUACCAUCUGUACUCGAAUCUCAAGCACGGCAUGGGGUACCAUAGGGAGGCGAUGGAGAUAGCUCGUAAAGGGCUGAGACUAGCAGACGCCAACGACUUGGAUCUGCGAUACAUGGAGGCCUCGUGCCUGCACGCCCUGGGGUACUUCCCCCAGGCCAUCCAGGCCUACUCUGCCAUUCUCGCCCUGCAGCUGGCCCCGGGCGUGGACCAGACCAAGCAGUUCCAGUCCUUCUACCAGCGCGAGUUGACAGCAUACCUGGCGCAGAGGCGCGGCAAGCCAGUGACAGCAUACAGCAUAGACGACGACAUGCACCCCACGUUCAAGGAGCUCUGGGCCAAGCGCAUCGCCUACGCGCCCCUCUUCCCCGGGUACCAGCUCCAGCCGCUCCGCACCGCACUCAAGCUCGCAGCACCGGAGACCGGCGGGCACAACGUGAGGUUCUCGGAGAGGGUGCUAGGGGCGGCGGAUGAGCUAGGGAAGAGGACACAGUAUUGGUGUAAUGGGUUUCUGAGGAACCGCAGGCAGCACCGCAUGGCAGGGCUUGCGAUCCUGGAUGUUAGGGAUAUGGUGAGGGAGACAUGGAAGAGAAUGAGGCAGGAGAGGGAUGGGGAGGGAAGGGCAGCAACGGUGGGAGAAGGGGGAAGUGGUGAAGGUGGUGGUGAGGAGGUGGGGAGCGGUAGGGGGCGACAGAGGGGGAAGAGGCGGCAGCAGCGGCAGCAGCAGUGGCAGCAGAAGCAGGAGAAACAGCAGGAGGGGCCAGAGCAGGAGCAGGAGCAAAGCAGGGCAGGGGGGAGGAGGGGUGGAGCAGCAGGGUAUGUGCGACGGUGGCGAGACAUCUAUGACCGCGUGGUGCGGUGGAGGCAGCUGGGGGAACCCAUUGAACCAGUUGUGUGGAUCGACAAGCUCACGUACGUAUGA